AUGAAUUAUGAUAAUGCAGUCGGGUCAUUGGACGGCGAACAUGACGGCCGUGUUGAUUUACAUGAAAAUAAAAGUCCAGAUGACGGAACGAAUGGCUCAAAAAGAAGAGGUCCUAGAACCACAAUCAAAGCUAAACAAUUAGAAGUGUUAAAAACUGCUUUUAGUCAAACACCCAAACCUACAAGACAUAUUAGAGAACAAUUAGCAAAAGAAACUGGAUUGCCUAUGCGAGUAAUUCAGGUUUGGUUUCAGAACAAAAGAUCAAAAGAAAGAAGACUGAAACAGCUUACAAGUAUGGGACGGGGCCCAUUUUUCAGUGGAGCUAGAAAAAUUCGUGGCUUUCCAAUGAACUUAGCUGCCGGGGCCCUAGAUGAAGCCUCUUCCUCAGUAUUUCCAUAUUUUUCCUCAGAUGUCAAAUUUGAAUAUGGUUAUAAUGGACCUUUUCAUGCUGGAGAUAGCCCCUUUUAUGCGGGACAUCCUGUAGGACCACUUCCAUAUAGCGCUCAAGGUAUCGAAUUCGGAUAUCUUUUCGGCCGAACGCCUUUAGAGCCAGGGGGACACCUGCCCUUAUUAAAUGAAUUUAGUGUUAAUCCAGAUUCUAAUUUUAUAAGCGGGCCGUCAAUAAACUCAAGCAGCACAUUAACUGUUCAACAACCUUUAGAGCAGCAUUCAAGUAACUCGACGGGUCCAAGAACAAAUUCACCAAAUUUUAUAGCAUCUGGAAAUUUUUCGGAAGCCCAAAAUAUGCAAAAUGAAGGAUUAGUAUGGUAAAAGAGGCCUCUCGGAAAUAAUUUUUUUUUAAUAGACUUUAUUUAAUUGUGAAUAUAAUUAAAUAAAAAUUUUAAUUUAUAUA